CUUUGUUAACCACAAAUUUGGGCGACCGACCACUGACGGUUCCCCCAGCAACACCGAGCAGGCGUCCGAAUCGAAGCCGGAAGCACCAAGCACGAACAACAGAGAAGACCUAUCUAUAACAUGUACCCCGGAAGUGGACAACCAGGCUCGGUGCCCCGCCGAGUGAACCCGAACGGUGGCGGCGCGGUCGGCGGCGGCGUGCCCAACGUGCCCUCGGUCGGCAACGUCAACCCGAUCCGCGACAUGCGGGAGAUGCGCGACCUCCGCGGCCCCAGCGUCAACAUUCCCCCGAUGCAAAUGACCGGCGCGCCCGGCAACGCCAACGUCGGCGUCGUCAACGUGCCGCAGAACCAAGCGUCGCAUGUGAGCGGCAGCGCGUCGCGCAUUGUUGACAUGCUCGAGAGCGCCAAGAACGAGUUUGAGAGCGUCCUGCAGCAGCUUAACAUCAGCAAGAUCGAAAACAUGGAGCUCGAGCGCAAGAUCCAAUCGCAGGUCGCCGAGAUGGACCAGAUUCAACAGACCCUCAAGGCGCUGGAGAACAACCACCGCCGCUUGCGCCAGCAGUACGAGGAAGACGUCAUCCGUAUGCGCCGUCAAAUGGAGGGCGGUGUCAAGAUGGGCAUGUCGACGGGCAAGCGGAAUCGUUCGGACGAGCAGGCCCCGCCCCCGCAAGUCAUGCCGCCCAUGAACCCCGGCCAGCCGAUGGUGCCUGCGCGCUCCCAGCGCAGCGGUAGUCCCGUCCGUGUCGCCCCGGCCCCCUCGAUGGGCCGUCCGGCCGGCCUCGACGAGCGUGACCAGCGUGGCCGCGAGCGCCCGUCGCACCAAGGCCCUCCUCCCCCGAUGCAGUCGUCCUCGCUGGCGCCGCUUGAGAACAACCUUCACACGCCGACGGCCGGCCGUCGUAGCGCCAUGCCGGGCAUCCCGAGCUCGCGUGACUCGGACCGCCGCGAUGUCCUCGACCGCCGUGGCGACGACCGUGAAGUGAUGAAGAACGACGACCGCCACCGCAUUCCUGGCCCGCCGCCGGCGUCGGCCGCCGUUGGCGGCUCGUCGGCCAACUCGUCGCCCGUCAUGAAGAAGAUCAAGUCGAGCGCCCCCGAAAGCAAGUCGUCGAGUGGCAACGGCUCGAGCAAGUCGUCGGUGCCGGCCCCGGCACCGAUGCAGUCGUCGCCGGGCAACCCCAAGAUGCACCACUUGAACAACGAAACGAACGAGUCGACGGGCUCGGUGACGCCGCCGCCGUCGUCCGCGCCGGGCGGUGGCAACUCGACGCCGUCCAACGGCAACAAUGCCGGCUUUUCGACCAACGGCUCGUCGAGCUCCAAGCAGAGCAAGGUCAAGUGGUCGAUCACGUACUCGAACAAGGGCUCGAGCACGCACUUUCCGGAGACGGAGCGCCCGACCGUCGAGAUGCAUCACACACUCGACCACCAAAGCGUCGUCUGCUGCGUCCGCUUCUCGGCGGACGGGACCAAGAUGGCGUCGGGCUGCCACAAGACGGCGCAGGUCUUUGACGUCGCGACCGGUGCCCGCACCUUCUGGGUGCAGCGCCCGGCCAUCACCAACGCCAACGGCGCGCAGCCCAACGAGAACGAGGACGCGUACGUGCGCUCGGUGUGCUUCUCGCCCGACGGCACGAAGCUCGUGGCCGGCAUGCCCCAGAACACGAUCCGCAUCUGGGACAUUGCGUCCAACGAGGAAGGCCCGCCGCUCGUCGGCCACGAAGCCGAAAUCUACUCGCUCGACUACGUCAACAACCUCAUUGUCUCGGGCUCGGGCGACCGCAAGGUGCGUCUCUGGGACGCGCGCUCGGGCGAGUGCCGCCACGUGUUUGGCACGGAGACGGGCGGCCCGGCCGAUGGUGUCACGAACGUGGCACUCUCGCCGGACGGCCGACUCUUGGCGGCGGCGUCGCUCGACAAGGUCGUGCGCAUUUGGAACACGGAGACGUCGCAGCUCAUGGACCGCUUGGAGGGCCACUGCGACUCGGUCUACUCGCUGGCGUUUUCGCCGGACGGCAAGAAUGUGAUCUCUGGCUCGCUCGACAAGAACAUUAUGCUCUGGGACGUGUCGGCGUCGGGCCGCACGACCACGCGGCCGCGCAUGCUCUUCCAAGGCCACAAGGACUUUGUCCUCUCGGUCGCCUACACCCCCGAUGGACGAUGGAUCAUGUCGGGCUCCAAGGAUCGGUCGGUCAUCUUCUGGGACCCGCGGACGGCACGGUCGGUGCUGACGCUCAGCGGGUACCGCAACUCGGUCAUCAGUGUGGCGUCGUCGCCGGCGUCGCCCUUCUUCGCCACGGGCUCGGGCGACUGUUUUGCGUGCAUUUGGAAGUACCAAUGUCAAACGAUUUAAAGAAGCCGCGGGUUGGUGUAAAAUUAGUGCAAGGUUGUCCAACGACAAAAAGACAAAAACAAUGUAUUGCGUGCAAACGACA